AUAUCCAUAGUUUGCUAAGAUUCAAAGAUGAAUUUAACGCUUCUUUUUUGCAUCAUUUUCUGCACUUGCAUCAGCAUCUGCUUAUCUGAUUCAGGUAAUCUCCAGGAUACUUGUCCAAGAGGAAGCCAAACCGCAUUCAUCAAUGGUUUGCUGUGCAAAAAUCCAUCCGACGUCAGUGCCUCGGACUUCGGGAGUUCAAAGUUGGGGGAUGCUGGUGAAAUUGACAUCGUAACGCGUUCAGCAGUGUCCAUUGCCACAGCCAAGGACUUCCCUGGGCUGAACACUCUAGGCCUCUCAGUUGCUAGAACUGACCUUGAGUUAGAUGGCAUUGUGGUGCCUCACUCCCACCCUAGGGCCACUGAGAUGUUCUUUGUCUACAAAGGGGAAGUGGUUGCUGGCUUUAUUGACACCAAUAAAAAUCUCUUCAAGAAGAUCCUGCGUGAAGGAGAUGUGAUUGUGUUCCCCAGAGGCCUGCUUCAUUUUUGCUACAAUAAUGGCUUCGAGCUUGCAACAGCCUACUCCUUUUUUAAUGGUCAGAAUCCGGGAGUAGUAAGCAUCACUGAUGCCAUAGUCAGUUCUGAUUCUGAUAUUAUGAGCAAGAUAAAAAAGAGGUUGAUUUCUGCUUCUGAAUCAGAAGUAUCAUAUAACUAGUGCUAUGCUGUCUGGAUUCUCCGGUCUACAUUGCAUGAAACCUUGUAAGAUUUCUUCACAGAUGUGUAAGUUUGUUGGUUGCUAUAAGGAGUGCUAGUAUUUAUUUGCCUCUUGUAAACUUGAACUUGUGUGCAUCAUCAGCAACUGAAUUUUCUUCUUUUUGCUUAUCGAAAGUUGGGGAGAUUCAAUGUGUA